GGGAUCCUAGGAUGAAGCGUGGUGUAUAAAUGCAAAUAAUAAAUAAAAUUCUUCUGGGUCUCACCCAAACUAUUUUGGAGACUAUCUGCAUUGCAGAAACUGUUGCUGUAUCUGCUUUUCACACAAGCAAGAGUGGGAGAAGAUGCCAGAUAAACAUUUGAUAUGCAAUUCACACUGGCCCAGUCAGCUUUAGUUGAUUGAUCUCUCGAUUAAAUAGAUUAAAGCUUGCAGCACCAGGGAUUACACUGCGGAGUAAAUGCUGGCUUUUCACUGAGGUCCGAAUCUGGCCUGCAGUGUCUUUAGACACACAGCUUAGCUGUAUGAGGAAUCACUCUUACAACUCAAAAUGAAUAUAGGUGAAGGUCACACAAGAUGGGAGUAAACUUUGUUUGAACUUCCUCCUAUUCAAGACAUCCAAGCAUUCCAUAAGUGUUGUCAGUUGACAGGAAGAGAUGGCUGGCUUGUAUAUGUAAACUAGAAAAGUGUGCAACCUGGCAGGCUAAGAACCAUCUACUCACGUCUCCCCCCACCCCCAGCCUUGAAUCAAUCAGGAAGCUGUAUUUCAACAAAAUUAUGUACUUUUACUCCUUCUUGCUUCCUGUGGAAUGUUAAUGGACUGGUGCUGAUGGAGCAUGUGAGAGAAACCAUGCAAAAUGUCUCUUGCUAUAUCAGCUGCAGAGCGCGUGCAUGGAUUUUAUUUCCUCAAGUGGAACAAAACAAAAAUAGGGGGCUUUCACUCUGUUGGUACAUGCUGGUGGGAUACCCAUAAAGAGAUUAUCCAGGAAUGGUGGAUCACUUGCUUCCUGCGGAUGAAUCUUUCUCAUCCACAAGGCCUCCUACUGGAUACUUUGGGGACAUGACAGCAAUUGGGAGGUCCUACCAGAUGCUGCCCUCUCCCUUGUCUGAAGAUGAUAGCGAUUCCUCCAGUUUCUGCUCUUGUUCCAGCCCCGAUUCCCAAGUUCUUGGUUCAAGCUAUGGGAGCUCAUCGAGUGCCGAGAGUCAGGACAGUAUCUUGGACUACUUGUUGUCCCAGACAUCCUUGGGGAAUGGCCAUGCCUCUUGGUGGGACAAAAGGAGACUUCAGCCCAUUGUGAAGGAGGAACAUUUUAGGAUGCCUGAAUUCAUGGUGGAGAUGGAAGAUUCUGAACCAUUUCAGCCUACCCUUGAGGAGAUCGAGGAAUUUCUGGAAGAGAACAUGGAGGCAGACCUCAAGGAAGGGCAUAAAUGUGAGACCAAAGACAUGAGAGCUUGUAGCCAGAUUACAAUGGCUUCCAUACAGCAAAGAGACCAUCUGGUGCCCAGUGUUAGUUUAAAGGACAGUAAAAGUGAACAAUCAAGCAGCACAAUGGAAAGUAGCCAUGCAUCAAACGGAGCACUGUCUCUUGAUGGAGGAAUACCAGUCAUGCUCCAAAUCCAGCCAGUACAAGUUAAACAAGCGCCAGACAUGAGCCCUAGUUCACAAGGACCAGUGCAAGAGAACAUUAAAAUUGCACAGCUCCUGGUCAACAUUCAAGGGCAAACAUUUGCACUUGUGCCACAGAUUGUCCAGUCAUCCAGCUUGAACUCAUCCUCCAAAUUUGUCCGCAUAGCCCCAGUUCCAAUCGCUGCAAAGCCUAUUGGGCCAGGAGGUACGAUCCAGGGUCAAACGGGGGUCCUCAUGGGUCAAAAGUUUCAAAAAAACCCUGCAGCAGAACUCAUUAAAAUGCACAAAUGUACUUUCCCUGGAUGUACCAAGAUGUACACCAAAAGCAGCCAUUUGAAAGCUCACCUGAGAAGGCACACAGGAGAAAAGCCUUUUGCAUGUACUUGGCCCGGUUGUGGAUGGAGGUUCUCCCGUUCAGAUGAGCUCUCUCGGCAUCGGCGCUCCCACUCUGGAGUGAAGCCUUAUCAGUGCCCUGUGUGUGAGAAGAAGUUUGCGCGAAGUGACCACUUGUCCAAGCAUGUCAAAGUUCACCGGUUUCCUCGAAGCAGUCGUUCUAUGCGCUCAGUAAACUGAUGUUUCCCGCCUGCCCCUUUUCACCUGUCCACCCAAGAACAGCCGCUGGCAGCACUUUGUUCAGAAUCCUUCUCAUGAUAAUUUAUUUGUCUCCAUAUAACAGCCAAAGCUAUUACUUCACACAUGCACCUCUUAUUUUUCACCAACCACCCCCUUCGCCUUAUUUCUUUCCUUCUCUUUUCUGCUGCUUCUCCCUUUGAAAAUUACAGUGUUUUAUUUUUAGCUGUUUUCUCCUGCACCAUGAUAAUUUAUGGGCUAGUUGCUGCUAGUUAAUUAUAGUUCUGGCAUUCCUGAGGGCUUUGCUCAUGUACAGGGCUAUUCAUUGUGAGUUUUUAUUAAGUUGGCCUAUUUGUUCAGUUUGGAAACAGCAAAUUCCUUAUUGUACAGAAACAACUCCUUUGUUUUUUGAGGGUAGGUUUUUGUGGGCGGCGAUGGUGGCGCAGCUCCUGAGACAGGGAUCUGAAGGGAGUAGCAAAUGAAAAUGAGCAACAGGAGCCAUUUUGGGCAGUGGGUAGGGUUCCAAAUCAGCCUACCUUUUAGUAAUCUAAGCAGUGAAACCGUGUUCUCUCAGUACCCAUAUUUCAGUCUGAAAAGCCAAUAAAUUCCAGAUUCUGCCUACAAACUGCCAAAUUUUGACAAGUUCCACCCUAAUUCACCCAUUUCUUCUCAUGACCCCUGACCUGCUAAAUUCUACCCUGGAUCCUCUCUCGACCAAUAAGGUUCCUUCAGGUUUCACCCCAUCCUGCCAGGCUCUGCCUUAGCUUCUCUCUCUGGCCCCACCAGGGGCGGAUUAAGCUUUUUGCCACCCAUAGGCAAAAAGGCUUUUGCCACCCUUUAACCUUAAAGAAAAAAGGUUUGCCUUUUUAAAAUACGGUAAAAGGGGGGACUUUCUCCUCGCUCAAUCCACCCUUUCUGCAGCCGCCGCUGCCCACAGAGAGGGGUGGCAAAAUUUGAGGAGGGGCAAAGUUUGAUGCUCCUCAAAUUUUGCCACCAUAAGCAAAUGCCUACUCUGCCUCUUUGUUAAUCCACCAAUGGUACCCACUCAGAGGCCAGUAUUUUUGAAAUCAAUAGCUGGCAAUCCAAGGGGUGUGUGUGUGCAUGUGUGUGUGUGUGUGUGAGAGAGAGAGAGAGUGAGAGAGAGAGUGUGUAUUUAUCCCUUGCCCAAUCUCCCUCAUGUUAUAAACAUACCAGCCCUUUCAUUCAUUCAGUCUGGGGAUACCAAAUGGCCAUGGCGCUCCCUUCAGACAUUUUAAUGAAUGGGCAUAGAUUGAUAGGGGGCCUGCUACUGAGAUGCCCCUCACAUAUGUUCAUUAUCCCAAGACUGAAUGAGAGCUGGUCUUGUGGUAGCAAGCAUGACUUGUCCCCAUAGCUAAGCAGGGUCUGCCCUGGUUGCAUAUGAAUGGGAAACUUGAUGUGUGAGCACUGCAAGAUAUUCCCCUCAGGGGAUGAAGCCGCUCUGGGAAGAGCAGAAGGUUCCAAGUUCCCUCCCUGGCUUCUCCAAGAUAGGGCUGAGAGAGAUUCCUGCCUGGAACCUUGGAGAAGCCGCUGCCAGUCUGUGAAGACAAUACUGAGCUAGAUAGACCAAUGGUCUGACUCAGUAGAUGGCAGUUUCCUAUGUUCCUGUGACUGAAAAGGCAGAAAUGAUUGUUGCUUCUUUUCUAGUAUCUGGGAAGCUGGCAGUAUUUCCCCUCCCCACAACAAAUCCUAUAGCUCUUGCCAAAUUAAAUGUGCCAGAAGGAAAGCUUUUCACCAUCGAGUAAUAUAAGCCACACCCAGCCACUUACAAUCUUUAAGAGGGAUUAGUGAGGCCUACCUUUCCAGGGUAAGUCAACAGGAUUAGUGAGGCCUACCUUUCCAGGGUAUCGAACCACUUCCCCAGAGUCUUUUCCUUUGCUGAAAAGUUCAGCAGGAGACCAAAGAGUAAAGGAAGUGGUUCUUAAUCCCGCCACUACAAAGUCUUCUCCUAUAGACUCCAAAAAAGGUUGAGAGUGACUUGAUGGUGGGUGGGGGUUGCUUGGUGCCGGAGGGAAGCAUUGAGUAUUGGCUUCCCCUGGAGCCCAAAAUUAUUGAUUGGCCAGUCUGCUAUACAGCAGAUUGCACAGUGGAAAGGAAUGAUGCCCACAUGUUUGCAGAGAUGGUGCUUAUCAUUUGCCUUAAACAGGUCCUUCACUAGAGCAAAGAGAUAUAGAGGCUCUUUACAUGAUCAAUGUGAAGAGCCGUAAGGGGGUUUGCAGGGAGAGUUGGCUUAGCCCGCUCUCCCUGUAGAUGAUCAAAAGACAGCCCUGGGCGGCUGGAUUGGCCACCAACAUGACUGCCGGCUCCGUCAUGGAGCCAGUGGAGGCUCCGGGGAUGGGGGACUGUGCGGCCCCUGGAAGUUCCAGGAUGCCCUGCACGAGUCUGCUUGCAGCCUCCUGGUUGGGGUCUACUCAUGUGUCGCUGCACGCCACAGCAACACACGAGCAAAAAGAUACGGUUAAUGGAGCUCUCGCUCCAUUAACCCCAUCUAAGGGGAGGGGUACUUAGCGAAGUUUGCUGCUGGGAGCUGCGCAGCUUCCAUUGUAGUGCAUGAUUGCCCAAAGUCUUUGUGACGUGCGUGCACAAAGGACUGCUGGGAGUUUUCCCAGCAAAGUCGGGGAAGGGGCGGCAGGGAGGUAUCCUGCCGCCCCAAUUACUCUUAGGAUUACGGCGACAGAGCGGGAAAGCAGCGGGAGGGGUAAGUAAACCCUCCCACCGCUCUUAAAGGUACCCCCCACCCCAGUUCCGGACCGCAGUUGGCGGUUCUGUGCACACCCCUAGUAUUGCACAAGUGCUAUUUCUGCAAGGAUCCAAGCACCUCUUGCGAAAAGCAUUUGCUUCAUCCUACCAUGGCUUCUAAAGCCACUGUGACAUCAGUAACUGUGAUUGCUUAGCAUCUUCCCAGACAGAAAUGUGAAGAAAUGCUGGGCCCAUGUCCCCAUGUUUACAAUAAAGAAUAAAAAUGGUUAUAUCUUUUGGGCGGGGUGGAAGGACUUGAGACUUAGUGAAUGUUUUGUGAAAGCACUUUCGGAGGCAGCAAGCAGUACCCAAGUAUGGAGUAUCCUCACAGGCCACUCUUCAGAAAGCAAUGCAACUGGGGCAUCUGGUGUUCAAGCCAGCUAGUAUGGUAGCAAUCCUAAGGGCUUAAAAAAGGGAAUGUAUGUGUAUACAUAUAUGUAUGCAUAUUAUCCAAUGCUGGCAGCAAAAUUAUUGUGUUAGGAAACAUUUCUUUUAUGUUUUGUAUUCUGCUGUUUGUAGGAAGCUUUCUAGAAAAAUAGAAUUCAAUAAUUAGAGAAGAUUGUUUUAUAAAGGACAUUGCAUCUCCUCUUUGAUCACAGAUGCUGUUUAUAGGCACAGUCAUCUCAGCAAACAUUAGCCAAUGAAAUCCAUUGAACAGGAUUAGUUGUAGUUAACAAAGUCGCUUAGAUUGUAAUGGGAGUUGGCCACAACUAACUCCUACUGGAUUGUGCUUUCUCUGUCUCUUUGUCAGCCAAAUGGGAAAUAAAACACUGCAAUUCUAGCAUUAGUAGGUCAAAAUGGAGACCAUGCCGCCAAGGAGGAGCAAUAGCUCCACUACUUUCCUCUAGGAAUGCAUUCCUUUUGUCCUCCUGAAAUAAAUAUAAAUUAAUCUCUCUUGUAUUGACUGGUUUUUUAUCUCACAUCCUAUGAAUGUAUGUAAAUAAAAUUGUACAUAUUGCAUAUCUAUAUAAAAUAUCUUUUAAUAACAUAUGAAAAAAUGUGUAAAUUGGAAACAAAAGAAUAUCUUUAAAGCCAGUGUACAUAAGUUACAAUUCUGUAUAUUUUUUUUGUUCUUCAUAAAAUAUAUUUACUUUGACAAUAAAAAGAUAACUGAAAUUUUACAAAUAA